GGUGUAUAACUUAAAUCCAGAGUAAACCGAAUUUUGGGCACAAACGGUGACUUUGAGCUUUGAAACAGAACCUAAACUUCCGAAAAGAUAUAAAAAGAACAAUAAACAUUUUCAUGCUUGGUUGACAAUUUUAUUAUUGUUAUACUAACCGAUAUUCGAACUAUUGAAAAUUCUUCAGAAAAAACUAAUGAUUGCGCUGCUAUAUUCUGCCUCCUUGAUUCAUUUAUAAUUCUAUUAUUUGAUGAAAAUCUCGGCUAGAACUCGAAACCUCCCUGUUAAUCAAUAGUAUUUUUUUUUAGUCUCUGGACAAAUUUUCCCCUCAUAUUUUGUUCACAUAGCUGAUGCCUUGUUAGAUUUUUGAAUUCUUUAUCAUUUUUAUUGGAUUUUUUUUAACCAGCAGAGGACCAAUUUCAUUGGAGGAAAAUCUUUUUCCAACUUGCAUUGCUUUCACUUUUUUCAACCAGUUCAAAUGCUACUUUUUAUUUUUUAAAAGGGAUCAUUCCACAGGAAAAUAUCCAAUUGGUGGUCAGGCCACGAGUUGAUUUUGAACGAUCAAGACUAUUUUCUUUAAGCAAUUAACUUUUACUUUUAUCAGAAACUUUCAAGUGAUAAGGUGAACUCUCUUACUUGCUUGAGUUUUACAGUUUGCCUCAAACCGAAAAAAUUAAUCUUUUUAUUUAAAUAAUCGGCAAAUUGACAUCGAAAAAAAUUUUAACAGUUCUCAAAAGAUUCUCCAAAAAAAUGGCUCGAAAUAUUCUUUGCGCGUUUAUUGCUCUCAAUUUUUUCGUUUCGGGUAAAAAUGUCCCGGAAACGAAAAGCGACUCAGCCAAAAAAGAUUCAGCCGCGGACCCUGACAAAAAGGGGGGAGAUAGUGACAGUGCUUCAGGGGUGAUCAUAAUGCCAUCUGGUUACGAGUGUCGAUCUCCGGACCCGAGCUGGUGUCAUCUUCUGGAGAAACACGAUCUCAACAAAAAAUAUGCUAAGACUAGAGAAGAAUACCAGAAGUUUGUAUUGCAUCAGUUCGACAGUGGAUCUUACGACAACCGAACUAGACCAGGAUUCAGUGAGGGUAAGCCUGACUUGGUGAGAGUGCGUCUCUACAUCGAGUCACUGGGCCCAGCUUCAGAAUCAGAAAUGAGUUUCUUCCAAGACAUCUACAUGACUCAGAUCUGGGCGGACCACAGACUGAAUGGGACUGAGAAGAUGAACUACACCAGUGGCAUCAGUAGUCCCUUCGCCCCCGGGAUAGUCCACAGUCUCUGGACUCCAGAUACUUACUUCAGGAAUGGGAUUCACACAGAGAUUGUGCAGACCCACGAGAAUCAGAUCGGAAUGAUCGUGAAAAUCAACACGGACGGGCAAAUCAAUGUCACCAAAAGACUGCGAGUGAAGUCCAAAUGUCUCAUGUUCCUCGAGUACUUUCCAUUCGACCGACAGCUGUGCGAACUGGAAAUUUCGAGCUUCAGUUACGAUAAUCAAGAUAUAGUGUUCAAGUGGGCUGAGGACCCCCUGGAGUUCAACGAGAACCUAGUCCUCUCCGAAUUUGACUUCCUCGAGCACCGAUUCGUAGUGCGACUCUUCAAAAUCCCCAGCAUGCCGCAUGAGCAGACGAUCUUGGUGUUGCAGUAUGUCUUGCACAGACAGGUGGGUUUCUACAUCGGCCAGAUAUUCCUGCCCUCCACCCUCAUCGUCUUUGUCUCAUGGGUCACUUUCUACAUCAACCCUGGAGUGGUUCCGGCACGUGCCUCAGUUGGCAUAACUUGCGUGUUGACCAUGAUGACUCUGACCACCAGCUGCAUUGGCAGUCUGCCUACAAACCUCAUGUAUACUCCUGUCGACAUCUACUUGGGCGCUUGCUUCAUGUUCGUGUUCGGAGCUCUCAUCGAGUUUGCAAUCGUCAAUUUCUCCGAGACCAGCUACAAGCGCCGCAAGGAUAGAGUUGAAAAACUUCGCAACAAAGCGAUGGGAGCCAGCAUUUUUCCCGCCAGCGGAGGGACCAACUCUCUCAAGGGCGAGGACCGAGAUUCGUUCCAGUCACAAGUGACACCACUGAACAAUAACAACAACGGGGCCGUCGUGAGUGCCGAGAACCGAGGAUUCGCCGCGAAAAAUGGCGCCAUUCCAACAAUUGAGAUGCCAAUGACCGAUUUCGAUGUGGAGGAUAAGUCUUGCUGGGCUAAUAUUGCAGCGGAUCCGAUGGCCAUCGACUACUUCAGUCGCUUCCUCUACCCAAUCUGCUUCUUCAUCUUCAAUGUGAUCUACUGGACUGCGACAUUGACCUUGUCGAAAUCUCGCAACGAGGAGAUACUUCAGAAUGUCGAGAUUGCUGCUCGAAUCAACAACUAGAAUAGAAACUCAUGCUGCAUACUUAGUAACAAAACUAUUGUCCAACGCAAAAAAAAUGAAAGUAGUUGCAACUAGGGCAAUUUUUGGUCAACAAUCCCACCCAAUCAUUUACUAGUUCACUUAACUGACAUCCAUCAGACUUUUUAUUAUAAUUUUUCGAGAAAUUGAAGAUUGCUACUUCAUUCAAAACUUUAUCAAGUUAGGGCAAUAAUUUUGGUACUAACUGUAUUCAAGUAGUGCCAUGCACACAGAAUAACUAUCCAGAGCCGAGCCAACAUCCAUAUAUGAUCAUUUUGCAGAAAGAGGUGAACAUUCAUGAUUAUUGUUUGCGUAUUAUUAACAAUCGGAAAAAAACUUGCCAUCUUUCAACCUAGAGGCGUUUCCAACAAAUGAUUUUUAGAAAAAAAACGUGCAGCAAAAUCUUAAAAUGUCCGAGCUAUAUAAAUUGCAUGUGUUGAUUUGCUUUUUGUAAAAUUUAUGUUCGUAGCUUAUCAAACCGCGUUUUGUUUCUAGUUUGUAAUAAUUAUGUCAUCGUUUCAAGCUUAGUUUUAGGAAAUAUCUGUCUGUUCAUUUCCAUGGGGCUCAAACUUGAAUUUCCCAAAAUCACGUCAAUUGUCGAUUAGUUUUUAUCAAUCAUAGAUUGGUUCGUUCGUUUUAGGGACCCCUAUAUAUCUUAUUAUCGUCAUACCGUCCUCAUUUUUAUAUUUUCCCGGUCAAGAAAGAUUAAUCUGAAGUUCAGCCAUUCACCUGAGCAUUCUCAUAUUUCAUUCGACCUGUAUAGCUUCAUCACUCUAUUUGUUCACGCACCUCGACAGGGUUCAAUUAAACUGUUCGUUUCUAUAUUCAGAGUAUUGUAUAUAGUUCUUGUUGUAUUGUGAUAGUAGUAAAGUAUUAUUUUUAGAAAAAUAUUUUUGAAAAAUAAUCAGAAAAAUGUCUCGAUUCUUUCCAAUCUCAAACGUGCUGUGUUAUAUACAUCUAUUUUCAAUGUCGAUUUAUUGUGAAGUUUCUUUCAAUGUGAUAAAUAAAAGCAU